AUGGAGCUGAGUGAAGGACAGUUUGAUAACUACAUGAAUAUUGACGAUGGUGCAGGAGUUUCGAAUCCAGAUACAAGUCAUUAUGAAAGUCUGUACAAACUCAAAGGUCUGUCAACCGAAGAAUUGAGAAAACGAAGACGAAUAUCGGAAGUUCAAAUAAGAAAGCAGAAGCAAGAAGAUUUCUUUAAUAGUAAGAGAAGGCUAGACAGCGACGAAGUGGAGUUUACGCUCGCAGAUGACUGUUGCAUCAUUCCGAAAGCUGUUCUUGACAUGAUAAAGAGUGGGAAUUUCCAGAACGAAUGUGCUGGUCUAAAAUUUCUACGUUCUAAGAUCUCUGAAAGCGCUGAGGAUGUGAACUGCAUGUCGAGUUUGGGUGACAUAUCGCUCAUUUCCCAACUCACACGGUUGCUUAUCCGCGGAGAUGAAGAGCUUAUCGAUGAUGUAUCAUGGAUUCUUGUAAACAUGUUUCGGCGACACGAAAAGCAACCGUUUACGAACGAAGUUCGUGGUCAAGUCCUUUCUACAUUCUGUGGUCUUAUCCGACGAGCUGCUUCUCCAAAAAGCAUGGUGCCAGGACAACUGGAGAACUCCGUUCUAUCACAGCUUCUAUGGUCUGUUGCUAGCUUGGUGGAAAACUCGGUUGCUAAUAGGAACUUCGUUGUUGCUAGUGGAAUUGUGCAGGACAUUCUACAAAUUGCAUCUAGGAAUAAGAAGCUUGUCAUCCUCAGACAUUUGAUGUUUUUGAUUGCUGUUCUAUUUGCAGACAUUCACGAGUUCACUCCUGAUGUUGCUGAGCUUUGUCCCUUGCUACCUCUUGUUGCUCGUCAUUUAUCUUCUGAGGACGAAACUAUCCAGGCUGACGCUGUUCGGACCUGCAAACUAAUGUCCGAAUGUGUAGAGUUUUAUGGGCCUAUGGCAGAUGCUGGAAUCUUAUGUAAACUGAUAUAUUUAAUACCUAAGUGUUCUUCAUAUGUCCUGCAAGGUGUUUUACGCUGCAUUGCGAAUGUCAUACAAGAAACAUCGUUGUACACGAAAGAUAUGAUUAGGGAGAAUCUACUCAACAACCUUAUUCCCCUUAUGUCGCGAAGUACAACGAUGCGGGAGUCUUGCUUCAUUUGUAGUAACAUCGCAGCCGAAGGUGGUGAUGUAUUACAAGCCGUUCUCGAUGCUGGAACGCUUAAGCAAAUGUCGAUUUUGCUCGAGAUGGCUGACUAUGAAACCCGUAAAGAGGCGUUCUACAUCAUGUACCACACUGCAACGUCUCCCCGCUCCUGUCAUCUCGCGGCACUUUUAGCAGCCGAUUUAUUGGCUCCACUUUGUGACUUUCUUACAGUUUUGGAAUAUUCACUUGUUGCUGACGCUAUGGAAGCUCUGUCUUCCUUGCUCGCUUAUGGAGAAGAACUUGCGAUAGGAUUGACAGACUUCCUGAAUCCUGUCGCUACUCGAAUGGAAGAGCUCGGAGCAAAGGAUAAGUUGGAAUUUUUGUGCAACAGUCACUCCAUGAACAUACACGUUGCAGCUCAUGAAAUUCUAGAGAAAUACUUCUACUCGUGUGACGAAAACGAAAUCACAACUCAGCUUGCAGUCACCAUGCCACCUUACUCAGGUGCUGUGGCACGCGACUCAAUGGAUGAAACAAUAGACAUGAUUGUAAAAAGUGUAUGUCUCUGA